GUAAUUUUUCGAUAUUGGAGCGAAUUACAACGUUCUUGUGGAUAAAUAAAACUAAAUAAGAAGUGCUUUAGUGAAUGUGUAUACAAAAAAAAAAUAAAAAUUAAAAAAAAGAUAUCAAGAAAUCCUCAAGAUAUACAAACAAAUAUUGUAUAUUACAGCUGGUUGUUCCAUGAAAAAAAUGUAUUAAACCAAAAAAAAAAAAAGAAACCAGUGUCUGGUCACAAAUGCGAAAUUAUUUUUUAUUUUGUAUUUUUCUACAAAAGUAAUUAAUUAAUUUAAUAGUGCUUAAAAACCACCACAAACAACAACGCCAAAAUAUUUCAAUUUAUAUACAAACAAACAAAAAAAUAACAAGUUUUAUUGUGCUUAUUUUCAAUAAAACGUGUGUGCUGUUUUGAUCUCCUGCUUCCUCGGUUAUUUGGGUUAAUGACAAACCUUGAAAACGCUCAAAGUGAAAACAAAACAAACAAAAUUAAUAAAUUUAUUUAAUACCUCCCUGCCCCAAAAAAGAAAAGCAAUCAAUUUUCAAAACGCAUUUUAAUUAGCCAACAACAAAAGAAACAUCACCACCACCUAUAACAAAAUGCAGAAAUUAAAAUCAAAAGUGUUUGAAAAAUUUCAAAUCGAAAACAAAAUGCAGAAUAUCAAAGCCCUGCCCAGAAGUCCGGUAUUUCAAUCGGGUGUUGCAGCUCUAAUAUCGGUGGGAUUAUUAUCAUGGUUACACAUACGACCUUUGGGCUUAAUAUUUUUGGUAAUAUUUGGUUUUUGUUUUUUUAAAAAUCGCUGUAAUCUACGCAUACAAACUCCACCAGAAUUGGAGAAGCACCUGCAAGUAGUGCAGCAACGUGUAAUCGAAUUUAGACAGACCAAACCAACAAUGUUUUGUGCCAUAGCAUCGGGCUGCUUGGGAGCAUUGGCCGUUGUGGGCCAUUUAGUGUCCGGAUCCAUGGUGGUACUGACCGGUUUAAUAGUGGCCGCCAUAAUAUCGACAAAAUAUAAUUUUAAAAUAAUAAAAAUAGAACCAAGAGAUUUAGAUUUCGCCUGGUCCGAAAAACUACAACAACAAGAUUACGAACUAGAUGAUGAAUUCAUGCCCGAGGUUAACGAGACCAAUUUGUUUGUUUUGGAAAGAGCCAGUGAUUUAGCCUCUCUGACAUUGCCAACCGAGGAUGGCGACAAUGAUGAGGACAAAAGUGAUGAAAUACCUUCAGAGCUCUUAAUACCCGAUUCUAUACCCGAGAUAGAUGAAAAUUCCACAGAUGAUGAUCAGGAUGAUUUAUUGCCGGUGGUGCAGGUCUCUAAAUCAGAGUCUCAUAUAAAAAAAUCCCACAACAACACAGAUACUUCAGUUAAAUACUCACAAUCUGAAGAUACUAUAGAAUUUAAAAAGGGUCACUUUAAACGUGACUCCUCACUCUCGACCACAUCUUCGUCGUCCGAAGAAAGUCUGUCGAAGGGCUUGCAAUUUCCCGAUCAUACAGCUGUCGAUGGUCCUUCGAAGUCUAGGAAUACAUCGACUGUGGUGGCCAGACCAGGUGGCAGCAGUGGCCAAUUCGAUGCUAACGAUCUGGUAGCCAUGGCUGUCAAGUCUCAAACUCAAGCUUUGCUGGCCAAUAGCAGUAAACUGAUACCCACCCUGAUGACGGGUUUGGUACAGGGUGUUUUGGGCGUGGGUGCUGGCGGUCUGGCUACACAAACUGGUCCCAUACAUGAUCCCACACACAGACGUAUUGUCACUGCUUUAGAUUCAUCCGAUGAAAGUGAUUUUGAAAUUUUAGAAGAGGAAGAUUUUCAAUAAUUGAAAUAAGAUGUCAAAAAGUAAAAGAAAAUUAGAAAGAAUGCAAAAACAUUUAGAAUUUCAACACAAAACUCAAUUUAUUAUCUAACCAUCAUAAAAGUUAUCUGUGAAUUAUUAUAUACAUACAUACAUAUUAUACUUUUUUUACAUUAAGUUAUUAUUUCUUAUUUUUGUUUAGAUUUUUAUUUUGCCAUUUUUAAUUGUGUGCGCUUGGAACGAGUUAAGGUUGUACCAAAAAUCAGUUAAACGAAUUUGGCCAUCGAUUUUGCAAAAUUAAUUUGCACCAUUUUGACUGGCUUUAAUAUUCAUUUGACCGAUUAAUAGCUAUAUAAAUUUGGAGUGUAUUUAUAAAUGCAAUAAAUUUGUGCAUCACUGAUGCAGCGAAAAUAUGCUUUUGCGAAUGCAACACUCUUAUUAUGCAAUAUUAUUGCAUUUUAAUGCCUUCAUAAACUCCAUGGUGCAAAUUAAGAUUUUUAAUAAGCAAACAUGUUUUUUAUGUAUAAUUAAAAACAAUUUACAUUUUAAACUUUAAUAUAUUAUUUGCAGAUGCUAUUUUAUUUAGUUUUUUUUAUAUCUACAUACAUAUUUUAUAAUUUUUUUUUAUAUGUAUGUUUUAUUUUAUAAAUUUUAGUUAUUUUAUAAUUUUUUUUUUUGUUUAUUUUAUAAUUUUACUUUAAUUCUCAUUUACUUAAAUAUCCACAAAUCUCUCCUACACCAAACCCCCCCCCCCCCAAAAUUCUCUUAUGAAAACCUUUGGAAAAACAACAUGUGUAUUUCAAAAACCAACUUUAAAAUCUUUACAAAAAAAAAUGUGAUUAUUUUUACUGCUUAAUAAUGUAUAGAAAUCUAUUAAGAAAAGCUUACGCUUUUUGUGUAAGUUAAUAAAUAUUAAUAAUAAUUAAAAAAACCAAAACAAUUUGUCUUUUCGAAAGUUACAAAAUGAUUUCAUUCAUUUAGUUUGUUUGCUUAUUUUGCAAGCUUUAAAUGUUUAUCAUUAUUAUUACCAUUAUUAUUGUGUAAACUGUAUUUAUAUUAUAUAUUUUUACUUAAUAAUAAAAAGAAAACACAAAAUAAUAAUAAUAACAAAAAAACAAUCAGGAUGCCAUUUAUUUAAAACAAAAAGUAUAAUUAAACAAAGAAAAUAAAUACUUUGGUAUUGAUUAUGUUUAGAAAUGAUACAAAACAAGUAAUAAUAUGAAAAUAAAAAAAAUUAAAAAUAAAAACGAUAUAAAAAAC